GUGUGCAGAGUAAACAGAGAGCGAGCGAGGGAAGCCGUGCUUAUCCAGCAGGAGCGAGAGACACACAGAUAGAGACAGAGAGAGAGACGUGUGUGUGUGUGGUUAAAUGUGGAAAUCUUCAUCUUUGAGCUCCAUGGCAAACUCUGCAUGCGUGCUUCUGUCCGGGUCCGGGAUGAUGCCUCAUUCCCUGCACGCUCCUCCCGCGUUCCUCUACUUAUCCGAGGGUAACCAGGAGGCCAGCAAUCCGGCGGACAUGGCCCAGACGUACACCCCUCAGUACGGGCAUCCCCCGCAGAACGAGUUCAGCGCCACACACACUCUUCCCACGCAAGACUACGCGGGACAGAACCGCGUCCCGGAUCACGGCUUGACGCUCUACACGGCGGCACAGACUCACAGCGACCUGGCCAACGCCGACAGCAACACGCCAGCCAUCAGCAGCGGGAACAACACAGCACCGACGGAAGACGUGACGCAAACAGAAGUUUCCCAGCAGGUGCAACAUUCGGACUCCACGGAAAAACAGCAGCCCAAGCGGUUACACGUCUCCAACAUCCCCUUCCGCUUCCGGGACCCAGAUUUACGGCAAAUGUUUGGGCAAUUUGGGAAGAUCUUAGACGUGGAGAUUAUCUUUAAUGAAAGAGGAUCAAAGGGCUUUGGCUUUGUAACUUUUGAAACGAGCGCAGAAGCAGAUCGCGCGCGGGAGAAACUAAACGGUACAAUCGUAGAAGGACGUAAAAUCGAGGUGAACAACGCCACGGCGAGAGUGAUGACGAAUAAGAAAGUAGUAAACCCGUACACGAACAGCUGGAAACUCAAUCCGGUCGUCGGAGCCGUUUACGGGCCGGAGCUCUACGCAGUGGCGGGUUUCCCGUAUCCCGCGGCAGGAGCGACGGUGGCGUACAGAGGGGCUCAUCUGAGGGGCAGAGGUCGUGCCGUUUACAACACCUUCCGUUCGGCUCCUCCUCCUCAGCCCAUCCCGGCAUACGGAGCGGUGGUGUAUCAGGACGGGUUCUACGGCGCCGAGAUCUACGGCGGAUACGCUGCGUACAGAUACACUCAGCCUGCGACGGCUACAGCGUACAGCGACAGUUAUGGGAGAGUCUAUGCAACCACUGACCCCUAUCACCACACCAUCGGCCCGGCGGCCACAUACAGCGUGGGGACCAUGUAAAUACAGUGAAAGAAAAAAAAAACAGAAAGAGUGAGAGAUCUGAACUGAGCACUUCAGGACAGCAAGGACCAUCAUGAGAAAAGCAAAACCAGAGGAAAGAACGAAGAAAAGUGUGUGUCGUGUGCCAGUGGACAACAUAAAGGACAAGAAUAUAAAAACAGUUUAGAAAGAAGAAGAAAACACAUCCAGAAACAUUUUAUUUUUCUAUAUGUUAGCGUUCAUAGAUGGAACGGAGACGGACGGUAAACUGACACUGAUGCGACUGUGCAGGGCCCCGCCCACAACACCAUCCACCAAUCAGAGGCCAUGGGGGGAGGAGUCAAAACAAGCUGAAGGCUGCAUGACAAAUGUGUUUCCUGUGGGUGGAGUCGUCGUGCUCUCUGUGAUUGGUCGCUUUGCAACACUUGUCACAUGGGCGGCACUACUGUGUCACGGGCUCCAGCUCACGUCCUCAUUGGUCAUCCGUUCAAACGUUUCCUGUGGAGAGACUUCAUCAGGCCAGGAUUCGAUUCGUCCCGUGUUUUGGGUGGAGCCUCUCGUUCACUUCCUGUGGCUGAUGUCAUAACUCUCCUGAUUGGCCACGCUGCUGACCAACUUCCUGUGGUGUUCCUGGUUAGCACUGAAACUCAAGAUGUCAACUACUGAUCAAUGUUGGAGUGAGAGGUGAGGGUGUGGGGGGGAUGUCAGUUAAGAAGGGGCGGAGCAAAAUCUCAAAUUAUGAUUCAUAAUUCGAUGCAACAAUUUACAUAAGAAUGGUUUCACAUUGAUAUUCGUUCUGUCGUUCAUGUUUCAUUUUAAA